AUGGGGCGCACCCUCCGGGCCUUCCGCCUAGCAGGCGGGCUGAUACGUUACGAUAGGGCCCUGGCCAUCCAAGACGCGCUUGUAGCGGCGCGCAAGGCCGGAGGAGGGCAGGACUGCGCGCUCCUGCUGCAGCACAGCCCCGUGUACACCAUUGGCAAGCGAGGCCACGACGGACACCUCCGACACGGCCGAGAGCACCUCGAGGACCUCGGCGCACAGGUGUACGAAGUGCCGCGGGGGGGCGAGGUGACCUUCCACGGGCCGGGGCAGGUCAUCAUGUACCCGGUGCUGCAGCUGCGCGAGCAGCCGCGUCGCUGUGGCGCGCGCGUGUACGUCGAGACGCUGGAGGACGCCGCCUGCGACAUGCUCGCCGCGUACGGCAUCCAGGCGCGCGGGCAGGUACCGGGGCGGACGGGGGUGUGGGUGGACGACCGCAAGAUAGGCGCGCUGGGGGUGCAGAUUUCGGGGGGGGUCACCAAGCACGGGAUCGCGGUGAACGUGGACGUGGACCUGUCGUGGUUCGAGCCGAUCGUGCCGUGCGGGAUCGACGACUGCGACGUGACGUCGAUCCGCAGGGAGGUGGAGCAGUACGGGGGGGGGAGUGGCUGGGGCGCGGAGGGGAGUCGCUGGAAGGACGUGUCGGAGGCUCUGGUGAGUGCGUUUGCGCGCAGGCUCGGGUACGACGGGGUCGCGCUGCACGACACGGACGACCUGGAGCACACAGCGCUGCGUGCGCCGUCAGGGUAG